AUGUCGAAAGUAAAGCCAAAGAAAGGUAUUUUGCAUCCGUUAAAAAUAUGUUAUACUCUUAGCAGCGGAUUUGUUGAACCUGUUUUAAAAACUUUCAAUUCUCCUAUCCAAGAUGUGACUUACGGAAGAGAAUUAAUUCCAAUUUCUCCAGCUGAACAAAUUUUACGUUCUGAACCUUAUGUCCAUUCCGAAUAUAAAAUUCCUUUUCAAUUUAAUGGAAAGACCAAUAAACUUAUAUAUUACCAAACUUGGUCUUUGCCAACUGCAAAAGUAAUUCGUGAUGUUGAUAUAGUUUUCAUUCACGGUUUGAAUGAUUAUGGUGGUCGUUUUUCAGAAAUUUGUAGCCCUAUUUUAGAACAAGGUUUUCGUAUUAUUGCACCUGAUUUACCAGGGUUUGGAAGAUCUAGUGGGUUACAUGCUUAUUUCGAUGAUACACAGGAACUUAUCGAUGCUGUUCAUCUUGUAAUUAAUCAUGUAAAGGAACAGAAUGCUAGAGAAAACAAAAAUCCAAAAACAAUUUUGCUCGGUGAGUCACUCGGUGGAAUGAUUGUCUUAACUUACGCGAUAAAACAUCCUGAAACGUUUGAUGCAUUUAACGUACUAUGCCCUCUCGUUUAUGUUUCUCCUGAGAGUCGUCCUGGCAAAAUUGCUGAAAUGACCGCAAAGGCUUUGGUUAAAACUCCACUUGGGCGGUUGCCAUUAGUUGCAGCUCACCGUGGUAAAUUCAGUAGUGAUCCUAAAGUAGAACAGGAAUUUUUGGAUGAUCCGAUGACGUAUAGUGGAAACUUACGCUGUGCUACUGGUUUGGCUUUAUCGAGUAAUAUCGAAUGGUUGGGUUCAAAUCUUAAAGAAAUAAAGAAACCCUUCUUAGCACAACAUGGUUUAAACGAUCGCGCGACUGAUUGUAAUGGAUCCAGAGAUUUAUACAAUAAAGUUCAAACUCCAGAGGAUCAAAAAUCAAUAAUUUUAUAUGAAAAUUGUGAACAUCUUAUGUUACGAGACCCUGUUGCUGCGGAUAAGGUCAUAAAAGAUUCAAUUGAUUGGUUUAUUUCAAUGGAGAAAAAAUUAAAAUCUUGA